UGGCGGCGGCGCCAUGUUCAAAUCUUAAAUAGUCAGAAACAUAGACGUAUAAAUAUAUGUCUAUGGUCAAAAACACCUCAUAAAUAAUAGACAUGGAUUGCUUGAAUGUAGCGAGGAUUUUACCAAAUUCCCCACAGAAGACACGAGGACAGAUUCAGAUAAUUUUCGGACCGAUGUUUUCAGGAAAAAGCACUGAACUGAUGCGGCGCGUGCGGAGGUUUCAGGUGGCUCAGUAUUCCUGUCUGCUCAUCAAAUACGCCAAAGACACACGCUACUCUCAGACGGGGAUGGCCACGCAUGACAUGAGUAUGAUGGAGGCUGUUCCCGCCUGCUGUCUGAGGGACGUCUGGAGUCUGGCGCUGCAGGCGUGUGUGAUCGGCAUCGACGAGGGACAGUUUGUAUGUUUCCCUCUCUCUUCGUUUCCAGACACCGUUGAGUUCUGUGAGGAAAUGGCCAACAGGGGAAAAACCAUCGUAGUAGCAGCUCUGGACGGAACCUUCCAGAGAAAGCCGUUCGGUAAUAUCCUGAAUCUGGUUCCUCUGGCGGAGAGCGUGGUCAAACUGAACGCCGUCUGCAUGCAGUGCUACAAAGAAGCCGCUUACACCAAAAGACUCGGAGCUGAACAAGAGGUGGAGGUGAUCGGAGGAGCUGAUAAAUAUCACGCGGUGUGUCGAGCGUGUUAUGGAGGGCUCAUGGCGUGUAAAGAGAACCACGAUCCACACAGAGAGGAGACGCCGAGACAUGUGAUGUCAGGAAAACAGCCCAAUCAGAGCGCUCCGCCAAAACUCUUCACUUCCCUACAUUUAUGAAAACAACACUUCAGCUGAAAGUGUUUCCUGCCUUAGUAUUUUUGUCUUGUUUACUAGUAUAAAUAUCUAAAAGUUCUCUAAUCAGGAUGGAUUUACUUGACAAGUAAGAUAUUUUGUGUUGUUUUCUGGAAAAAAAAUCUACAUUUUGUUAGUUUUUGCUUGAAACAAGGAAAAAUAUUUUUCUUACCUCAUUGACCCCGUUUUAAGCAAAAACUAGUCAUUUUGCUUCAAGCAAAUGCAUCUUAAUUCCAGAAUUUAUAGACCUUAAUACUAGAAAACAAGACAAAUACUAAGAAACUCUGUUAUUACAGUAUCUGUUACAGUAGCACUGUUACUACACAGAUUUAACUCUAGAGACUUUAGCACCUGAUUUGUAUGUUUGUUUUAUAUCUUUUUUUUUCGUUUAUUUUGCUGUUGAUUUUCUCUGUAUAUAAUAACAUUAACUCUUAGUUUAAAGUGGGUCGAGCUAAAUAUGGAGUGUGUGUUCAGUUUCAAAAAUGUGUCAAUCAUUUGUAUGUUUUAAUUUAAACUGUUUUAAACUAAUUUAUAAUUGUGUAACCGAACAACCAAUUGACAUUAUGAAAAACUGCCAUUUAAAAUGAGAGGAAAUAAAGGGAUUUUGGUUUUUCAGA